CCACACAGCAAAAGAAUAUUUCAAUACGCUUAUUAAAUAUUUCAUAAUAUGGGGUUAAAGGAGAGGAAAAAAUAUAAAAAAAAAACAGUAAGUAACGCGUUUACCCCGGUAGACAUUAUGUUGCACAUGGAGUUGUUUUCAUUCCACUGAAAAACAACUGAGAGAACCAGAGAGAACUUAAAAAUCAAAUCUAGGAAUCAAAGAGGAUAAAACCUAAUGGCUAAGUUUUAUAUCCAUUAAUCAAUAUUUUGACAAUGUCAUCCUAAUGUUUCAAAAGAAAUGUUUAUUUAUUUCUUGCUUUUCCUUAAUUAUAUGUCCAGAGAAUCAUUUUCUGUAACUAUAUUUUCUAAAGGAACUCUUCCUCUAGACAAAAAUUCCGUUGCUCUGCAAUUUUACUUUAAAAUAAUGAACGAAAAUCAUGCUCCAUGUUGGGUAGGCACCAGUUUUAAAAGGUGUUGUUCUAUUGAAAAAGAUCAGGAUUGCAAUUCUAUGUUUCUGUACGGAAACCACGUGCAAAAAAUUAUGCCAGGAGGCCAGGAAACUUUAGUAUUCGUGUAUCCCUCUGUUUUUCAUCACGAUAAGAGGGGUAUUUGUUAUAUUAAAGUGACGUGUAAGUGUGGAUAUAAAAUGAAAAGAAAAAUAUUAGAAAUUCCUUUUGAUACAAGAAUUACAAAAUUAAGCAGAAAAUCGCGAGAGUUAAAAAGGUAUAUUGGACAAAAAAUAAUAAGAAAUUGUGAUUCUAUUGAUGAAGAUGCUUUGGAUGACUGUUCUCCGGUAGAUUGUGGAGUGAAAUAUAUGGACGAAAAACCAUUUUAUGAUGAAAAUGUGAACAAAUGUGUCAGAGCAGCAACAUGUAUUGGAGAUCUCAAAAAUGAUUUACCAACGUCAGCCUAUCUACCGACAGUCAAUUUAUGUAGAGAUUUAGAGCACCCGGUAGAAAUUCAGGACAUCUAUGCCAUCAACAAUGGUAUGAGUAUAGUUACCGACAUACCGAAAGUUGCUUCAGAUUUAAAAGCAGAAAUAGAGUCAAACUGUUCAACUCUGUCCCAAAAAUUAGGUCUCCUUGAGGACAUAGUACGGGGAAAAAUGAAUCCUAAUCCGAAAGGAGUAAAAGUAGAUUACAGCAACACAUGCAAAAUUACAAUACUAUCUAUACUAGGUUAUAUUGUAUGCUUAUGUGCAUUUAUUGUGGCCUUCGUCUGCUGCAUGCAUGGCUUGAAAUGGAUGCUCAUGAAAUGGCAAAAUGGCGAGUUUGAAGAUGAAUGGAGGAACAUGAAGCAAACAAUUCAUAAAAACUGUUCAGGAAAGAAGCAGGAUAAAUGUGGACUUGGUCGGAGUACCCCUCGAGCUGUCCCUCGGACUACAAGCAGAGAUAAUGUCAGAGAUGGGUUGCUCCGUGAUGUUAUCAAUUCUAGUAUACCAUUGGAAUUGAGGAGUAGCGUGAUAGACGUGUGUGGCAGGAUUAAAAGAGAAGUGAAAUGGAAGAAGAGGUAUCGAGUAGCACAGACGGGAACACCGUUCGAGUGCGACGGAGAUGGAACUAUAUCAAGUGCGUCGUCGGCUGAUUCGCUGAGAGCCAAUACAAGUGCCACUAGUGAAGACCAAAAAUUGUUGGAAUAAUCUGUGAAUGUAAGUGAAUAAAUUUGUAUCUGUAUUUUUUUUUCUAUUCAUAUGGACAUAUGUAUUAUGAGGAUAUAUAAUCUCUCCGGUAGAAUGAGUAAAUAAGUGUGUUUAUUAUAGUUACGAUUGAUUUUCAUUCAUUAUUCAAAACACGGAACAGAAUUGGUACCUACUAUCUGAUCAGCCUCGAAAGAAGUCGUAACAAAAUUUGUAGCGCUUGGGUGGCCUGUACAUGAAGGUACAUGCAUAAUACAAAACCUGAUUCAAUAAGGUCAAGAUCCUUCUAGGGCUACAAUUUUAAAUAUGGCAAU